AUGCAAUACUCCAACAUCUCGCAUGGUCCGACACGGACACAGCUGGCGCUGCAGUCUUGCGGCAGUUCGUUGCUGGUGCUUGGAAUCCGCAUCACUCUUCACAGUCAAUCUUCCAGCAGCGCCGCCGAGCGUACGUUUAGCACCACUCUACGAGUCCAUGACGAAUUCUCCAACGACUCGCCCACCCCAAGAAGCGAUGCGGUGUCCCCGGUACGUCAUUUGCAGCCAAGAAGCGAUGCGGUGUCCCCGGUCACGUCGUCAACCUCGGAGCCCACCGCAGCAAAAAAGUACCGUUUCACGCUCGUGGUGACCAGCUGCAUCUUCCUCGCUCUCCUCACCUUCUUCGUCAUCUUCGUCUCGAGUUUCCAUAAGCACGUUGAGAGCCAGCCCCCGCUCUGCAACACGGAGGACUGCCGUGCGCAUGCCUCACUGCUCACUAAGCGUCUCAACUGGACGCUGGACCCCUGCGAUGACUUUGAUGCGUUCGUUUGCUCGGCGGCGCGCUCAUCCUCUCACCACGGGAUGUUCAACGGAGUCAUGAACGAACUGCGGCUCUCAUGGUUCCAGGGACUCCGGGACAUUAUAAUCGGUGGUACGCACCAUAUUCCCGUCGGGAUGAAGGCGCUCACAAUGCACAGAAGAUGCCUAGAGAAGUACCCGUCGGAUAAGCCUGCCGUGUCGCUCUUCCUCUACUUUAUCAGGGAACGAGGGUUGGACUGGCCCAAACCGACGCGAAAAUUCGAACCGCCGCUACAACUCGCUCUCAAGCUUGCCCAUUCGUGGCAAUCCCCGUUUUGGAUGUCGGUGAGUGUGCUGGAUGCCCCGGAUCAAUCUUCGCCAGCUACAAGGCUGAGGUUCCAGAUCCGGCCGAGCAUGCUUGUUCCUGCACUGCUCUACCACCACCGGUUAGCGAGACGCGCUUACUUUAAGUACUGGGAGCUCUUUGUUCAUCAUCUGUAUCCGGACAGCAAUACGAGACCCGACACCAACAAAACUCAUGUUGAGGAGAUCCGCGUCAUGGAGGAGCAAAUACUCGAAACCUUGAACUCGCUGGUAAUCUCAGGCUCACCGAAGCCGGCGGUGUUUUCCUUCGGCAAUAUCUCGGCCUACGUUCCGAACGCCACCGCUUUUGAAUGGCUUCGCAGCUUCGAGCAAUCCAUCCCGCUCAGACGACAGCUAAGUUACGAAGAUGAAAUCGUCGUCAGCGAUGUCCGCCUACUGCGAACGGUCAGCGAGCUUAUCCAAAAGUACGACGUGGGGCAGCUGAACAUGCAUCUGACGUGGCUACUCGUGCAGUACUGCGCUCCCGUGGCCGAUUAUGCCAUUCUCGAGGACCACUAUGGCAGCAGGCAGAAAGCAGCGGCUUACUUGCCCGUGUUCUGCGGCCAACAGACAGAAGCAUCGUACAAGAUUCUUCUUGCUGCACUCGACUUCGUCUUCCGGUUCGAUGCGCGAGACAUCAAGACCGUCAAUGACGGCUUCGACGACGUGGUCUCAACGGCCGUCGAAAAGGUUAACGUUUCUAACUGGAUAGACGAUGAGAGCAAGGCACGAUUAAUCGAAAAGAUCUUGACUGUGAAAAAGUCACUGUGGCCUCCCGAAGCCGUUGUGAAUGCUGACGUGCUGGAGAAGCUGUACGGUGCGUUCACCGAAAAUUCUACCAAUUUCGCCGCCAUGUGGAUUGAGACGAGAAUAAGUGCUGGCGACCUAAUGAUGACUGGCCAAUACGAGGAAGUGAUGAGGCUGCCUUGGAACAGUCUUCCAGGCUAUGUUUUCUACGAUUACGUCUCUAACACCGUGCAAAUGGCAACUGCCACCAUCGCAGCACCCCUGUACUAUCCGAACGGGGUGAAGGCUAUGCUGUACGGUGGUCUCCUGUUCCUCAUGGCAACUCACUUGGUCCGUGCAUUCGACAGAGAAGGCAUAAGGUGGACGCCACACGGAUCCGAGGUCGGCAGCAUCCUGUCCAAUGCAACCCAGGUUCAAUAUCACUACAGGGAUCGGUGCUUCUAUGGCACUGUAGAGUACAGCCUGUUCCCGGGAGUGACUGCUUUUGAGAUAGCAUACACCGCCAUGAAGCAUUCCCACGUUCGAGACAGUAGCUUGCCGCUGGCGCUGCGGGAUGACCUCUCGGAAGACAAGGUCUUCUUCAUGACAUUGUGUUAUAUUUCUUGCAGCAUUUCUGGUGACCAGCACUACCGUAAUUUCGACUGUAACAAGGUGGCGAGGAAUUCCAAAGCUUUUGCUGAAGCUUUUCAUUGCCCUAUAGGAUCCAAGAUGAACCCCCAAAAGAAAUGCCAAUUCUUCGUCUGAUGAAGACUUGAAUGUACGCAGGUGCUAAAGGUACGAGAGGAUACAUAUUUUGUGGAAGAAAGCACCUUCUCUCGGACCUAAGAGUGAAACGGUAUUGUCGUUUUUGGUAGGUUUGCACCUACCUUCAAUUCUUUUCUUGUGAUUUCUGCUUUCUUUUAGUGACGCCAUUAGUGGAGACAUUGUGCUGAUAGAGCCUGUAAAACGUGCAAAGACAAGAGAGACUUCUAAUGUGGCAGGCUUCUUUAAUCUUUAUUCGGUCAUGCAUUUUGCUGUAUCAGCUGUGGGCGUUGCUAAUGGUCAGUGCAGUUGGGCAAGUCUAAUUGAACUACUGAACUUUGCGAAAUCAGCACUGCAUCCAUACAGACAUUGCUGAAUGACAAGCACACUAUUGGGGUUUUUGCUAAAGGGUAUAUACCUAACCUGAAAUCUGUAGGUGUGCCAACAGCAUGGACGCCAUGAAGCACGUAUUGUGUUUAGCAGUGCGCAAAGCGAAAGAUUGUCGUAUGUUUGUCGCAGUGUCGCACUGUCGCAUGCUUGCGUUUUUUGAAACAGUGUAUGUAUGGCGAAGUAUGUGCUCCUCGAAUUAUUUCAAUGGUCAUCAUCUCCGCACACUUGCACUUCGGGAGCUACUCUUCAUUAUGUACCAGUUCUAGUCGAAAUGUUCGGCCCGCUGAGAUGGCGAGUACUAAACACCGUUCGUCGUUAGGAUGCCUGUUGUAGUGACUUGUGCCUUAUUUGAACAGACUGGUAUACUAUCGCUUUACUUCUUGCCUACCUGGAGUGAAUUGUUUUUCGCCGUGCAUCAGUUUUGUUUUCGUUCCCUUCGUUGUCCUCGUCUUUUCUGCGCUUCUAUUGCUUAUUGUGCAGGGUAGCAAUUUUACUUCUGGUUAAGCUCCCUGCCUUUGUCUCAUUUGCAUCUCACUCUCUCUCUUUCUGUUGCUUUUUAGUGAAAUGUUCAGGCCGCAUCACAAGUUGCUUAAAUACUUUGCGCUAUGUGCUGUCUGCGCCGUGUGUGAUAAAACGGCUCUUUUUCUGAAUAUUGCUCUGCUUUUGGACAGUCGGAAGCUAAUAAAUCGGAGGAAAGUCGCACGUCACCAUAGCUCUAUUGGUGAUUAGUGCAGGCGUUAAAUUA